AUGGCGAAAAAGCGAGAUCAUCAGCGGCCAGCUCCGAGUCCCGGUCGCCGGGAAAACCAAAUCAAGUCAUCUUCACGACGAGAAAAACGAACUGAGCCACACUCGCCUUCCGGUGCCAUCAAAGUCAUUUCCUUCUUCAUCGUGUCCUCGGUGAUCGCCGUCGCCGUUUACUGGUUGGGACAAUCUUCUCAUUCGCAACAUAACAGAUCGUAUGUAAAUCAACGAGGCCUUGUUACUACCGACACCAAUUUCCAAGACAUACUCACUGAGAAUACGAAAGUAUCAGAAAAUACAUCUAUUCGACAUUAUACUUACCCUGUGCUUGGCUACAUUACUCCCUGGAAUUCUUUAGGUUAUGAGAUGGCGAAAAGGUUCAACUCUAAGUUUACACAUUUAUCACCUGUCUGGUAUGAUUUAAAAAGCCAACAGUCUAGCUUAGUUCUAGAGGGGAGACAUAAUGCUGACAGAGGAUGGAUCUCGGAGCUUAAAAAGGCAGGAAAAGCUUUGAUCUUGCCUAGAGUUGUUCUGGAAGCAUCACCAGAAGAGCUAUUGAGAAAGAAGAAACUAAGGAACAAAGCCAUUGACCUUAUUGUGACAGAGUGCAAGGAAAUGGGAUAUGAUGGUGUUGUCUUAGAAUCUUGGUCAAGGUGGGCAGCUUAUGGUAUCUUGCAUGAUCCAAUCAUGCGGAGUUUGGCUUUGCAGUUUGUAAAACAGCUUGGAGAUGCGCUGCAUUCUAUAAUCUCGGAAAAAGUUAGUGGACAGAAGUUGCAGUUGGUCUAUGUUAUAGGUCCACCAUCUUCCGAGAAGCUGCAAGCACAUGACUUUGGUCCAAAAGAUCUCGAGACUUUAAGUGAAGUUGUCGAUGGAUUCUCAUUAAUGACAUAUGACUUCUCUAAUCCUCACAAACCUGGUCCUAAUGCACCUUUAGAAUGGAUUCAAAUUAUCCUACGGAUACUUCUUGGUGCCUCUGCCAAUAGAGCCCAAAACAUCACCCCCAAGAUAUUUUUUGGCAUCAACUUCUAUGGAAAUGAUUUCUCCCUUUCAAAGGAUUCCGGUGGUGGAGCUAUUAUUGGGAGAGAUUACCUAGCACUUUUGGAGAAGCACAGACCUGCUCUGCAGUGGGAUAAGAACAGUGGGGAACAUCUUUUCUUUUACAUCGCUGACAAGGAUAUCAAACAUGUUGUAUUCUAUCCAUCUUUAAAGUCAAUUUCCUUGCGGUUAGAGGAAGCCCGUUCAUGGGGAUGUGGCAUCUCCAUAUGGGAAAUCGGUCAAGGUUUGGAUUAUUUUUUUGACCUUCUGUGA